AUGGCAGCCAAGCAGAGAGAACCCGUGACAGUCAUUAGCCUUCGGAAGCUGAGCCAGGCAAUCCCAGAGCCACAACAGAAAGAGACAAAGACGUUCACUGUGGAGGAUGCCGUGGAGACCAUUGGGUUUGGACGCUUUCACAUUGCACUCUUUCUGAUCAUGGGCAGCACCGGGGUGGUGGAAGCCAUGGAGAUCAUGUUAAUCGCGGUUGUGUCUCCUGUUAUCCGCUGUGAAUGGCAGCUGGAGAACUGGCAGGUGGCACUUGUCACCACGAUGGUGUUUUUUGGCUACAUGGUGUCCAGCAUCCUCUUUGGUCUCCUGGCUGACAGAUAUGGCCGCUGGAAGAUUUUGCUGCUCUCGUUCCUGUGGGGAGCCUACUUCUCCUUACUGACCUCUUUCUCCCCAUCCUACAUCUGGUUUGUCUUUCUGAGGACCAUGGUAGGCUGUGGAGUGUCUGGCCAUGCACAAGGGUUAAUCAUAAAGACUGAAUUUUUGCCCACAAAAUAUCGAGGCUACAUGCUGCCCUUGUCUCAGGUUUUCUGGCUUGCUGGCUCCCUACUCAUCAUCGGCAUGGCUUCUGUGGUCAUCCCCACCAUUGGGUGGCGUUGGCUCAUCCGGAUUGCCUCCAUCCCUGGCAUCAUCCUCAUCAUGGCCUUCAAGUUUAUCCCUGAAUCUGCGCGCUUUAACGUCUCCACCGGAAACACGCAGGCUGCGCUGGACACCUUAGAGAGCAUCGCCAAGAUGAACCGCUCAGUCAUGCCGGAGGGACAGCUUGUGGAGCCCAUUCUGGAGAAAAGAGGAAGGUUUGCAGAUCUACUGGAUUCUAAAUAUCUUCGGACCACAUUACAGAUCUGGGUCAUAUGGUUGGGAAUUUCCUUCGCCUACUAUGGGGUUAUCCUGGCCAGCGCGGAGUUGCUGGAGCGGGAUCUGGUCUGUGGUUCGAAGUCAGAGUCAGACCCAGAGGUGGUGGUGACCACGGGGGACUCGGAGGAGAGUCUCAGCCCCUGCUACUGCCACCUGUUCGCACCCUCUGACUACAGGACCAUGAUCAUCAGCACACUUGGGGAAAUUGCUUUGAACCCUUUAAACAUCCUGGGCAUCAACUUCCUGGGCAGACGGCUGAGCCUGUCCAUCACCAUGGGAUGCACGGCUUUGUUCUUUCUUCUCCUCAAUAUCUGCACUUCAAGUGCCGGCCUCAUUGGCUUCCUCUUCAUGCUGAGGGCCCUGGUAGCAGCGAACUUCAACACCAUCUACAUUUACACUGCUGAGGUCUACCCUACUCAGAUGCGCGCUCUGGGGAUGGGAACCAGCGGUUCCCUGUGCCGCAUUGGAGCGAUGGUCGCGCCAUUUAUAUCCCAGGUCCUAAUGAGCGCCUCAUUCCUGGGAGCCCUAUGUCUUUUCUCAUCUGUCUGUGUUGUGUGUGCCAUUUCUGCAUUUACUCUACCCAUUGAGACCAGAGGACGUGCUUUGCAGCAAAUUAAAUAA